UAAAGCGUGAAGAUGCCGACUGUGAGUGACUGUGACCGACUGUGAGCGUUUUGAUUUGGUUCAAUUAAACUCGGGAGAAUUUAUUAAUUUAAAGAUCAUGGAUAUUUAAUUUUUGACAUAAGGAAUCUCAGUAUGAUAGGGUGGAAAAUAUUGAAGAGAUGAAGUUAAUUGGUACUGUAAACACCAUUUUAAUCACAGUAGUAAUUUGGUCUUUGGUACGCUCCGAAAAAAGGAUCUUAAAAGGAAAACAAGUAAACAAAACAUCGUCCGUUACAAAAACAGCAUCAGCCACAAAAGCAUUAACCAACACAAAAACGUCAUCGUUUUCAAAAACCAAAAAUGGAAAACGUUGGAUGCAAACAUACCCUUCAAGUUAUAUACAACAACAAGAUUCACUACAAAGCACUUCAUUUAAUAAUCCGUAUGGUGAACAGCCGUUUGGAGGACCACCAGACAAUUUAGGAUAUGGUUUUAAUGGUUUUAAAGAUAAUUCGUUUCAUGAUAUUUAUAACUUAAAUAAGCAGUCAUAUGGUAAUGAAGAUCUCACUCCAAACUUUGGCCAAGAUGAAAAUGCGUAUUUGAAACCUGGUAUUGGAGAUUACCCCUCUGAUUUACAAAUAAAUUCUUUAAACAAUUUGGGAGGUUUAAGACCAAGUUCUUAUGAUUUAAUGACGAAUGUUGGUCUGCCAAUUCAUGAAAAACCAAAGACUCAAAGAUUUUCACAAGCUCUUAAUUCCUUAGAACAAAUUGCUCUUGAUGACGCUGCUUUAAAUCCUUCCGCAAUGCAUAAAAAGCCUACAAAUAAUGUAGUUUCUGUGGAUAAUGCUAAUUCUGGAGAUAAUGCUCCAAAUUCAAACAAAUUAGAAAGCAGCGGAACAGCCGUAAAAGUUGCACAAGAACCACUUUCAAUUAUAAAAGAAGAAACAUCAACCGAGAGUGUUCCAGCCGUUGAAGCUAAAAACGACGGUAAAGCUGCCGAAGUUCUGCCAAAAAUUGAAGCCAAAGAAGACACAACUGACGAAACUUCUACAGAAAAAACUAAAGCAAAAGAAUUUUCAAAACAAAAAGUUGAUUUGUCUGUGCAGAAAGAUAUGUCAUUGCAAAAAGAUAUGUCAUUGCAGAAAGAUAUGUCUUUGCAAAAAGAUGUUUUAAACUUAUCUAGCAGCAAGGAGGUAAAAAGCGAGAGUUCUUUAAAAGAUAGCACCAAAAAUGAAAAAGAAGCGUCAACAUUAAUCUCUUCAAAAGCGAAAACUCAAAACGGUGCACGUCGUCAAGGCUGGGAAAAUGAUAUAGUAGAUAUCUCUGAUGUUGGAUUAUCUUCAUUUUCUUCUAAUAAUAUUUACGACAAAGAUAUUUCGGAAAAUAAUGAUUUAAUUGAAGAUGUAGAGAAAACACCAUUUAAAGUUAAAGAAAAACUUAUAUCUUCAUUGCAAAAAACACUUUCUGAUAAAGACAUGUCGACAGACGAAACCAAAGAACUAGAUGAAACUGAAAAAAACUUGGCACUUGAAAAAGGAGAACCAAUAGAACUUAUAGAGGACUCUAUCGCUGAGGAAAAAGAAGCUUCUGGCAAACCUGAAGUAUCUGACAUUGACAGUUUAUCUGAAACUGAUAGUAAAACAACAAUAAUUGAACAAAAUCUGAUGAAAAUUGAUAAACCUAAGUUGGUUCAUUUGCUUGCAACUUUUAUUAGAGAUAAUGAAAUAAAAGAGGAAGGCCAAAAUGAAAUAAACGAAUCAAAACAUUUGGCACAAAAAAUAAAAGAAGAAAACUCAUUGUUGUUUAAAGAAAAUCUUCAUUUAAAAGCGCUUGCCACAAAAUUGCAAAAUGCAGAAAAAAUCGAAAAAUCAAAAGGAUUAAAAGAGUUCAAACAUGGUAGCAAUCUUGAGUUAGCGAGCAGCCUUGAUCACGACCCCUAUGCAAAUAUAGGCAAUACAGACCCGCUUAAUGCAGAUAAUAAUCUAUCAAGAAAAAUAAAAAAACAACCUCAUAAAAUUUCUGCCAACGAAGAUGAUAAGGGUACACCAGACAAAAAAGAAGAUCAAGACGAAAAAAAAAAAGUGCUUGAAGCACUUGAUUUAGAGAAAAAACUAAAGGAAGAGAAAGUUGCUCUUAAAGAUGAAGAAAUAAAAGAAUCUAACCUUGCAAACUUAAAAAAUAAGCAAGAUAUUGAAUCUUCCGGAGAUUUUAAGGAGGGAAAAGAAGUUGAACAAGAUAAUGUUGAUAUAGAAGUUCAGCUUGAGAGACAAGAAUUAAAAAAACUAAAAGCUUUGGAAAAAGCUGAAAAAGAAAAAGAAAUGGAGUUAAAAGCAUCUUAUGCUGUUAUGUCAAAUAAAAACAAAGAAGCCACUGCCGCCGCAUCAGAAGAAGCAAAUGACGAUGAAGUUAAAGACGAGGAACAAGUAAACAAAAAAGUUUCAAAAGUACAGAAAGGGCACCUAGUUUCUCCUGAACUUGUUAAAGCAAUUGCUGAUCAGCUACAAAAGCAUAAAUCAACAAAUGACAAAGAUACUUCGCAAGAAACGGAAAGUUUAAAAGAAGAUUCCAAAGAAGAUGCAAAAGAGGUGACUAACAAUAAUGAAGUUGCAAACGAAAACGAAACAGACAAUGAAAAAAUAAAAGAAGAUGAAAAAAGCGACGAUGAAUCUUUAAAUGUUCAAACUUUAAUUGAGCAUAUGAAACAAAGUUUAAUCAACGCAAAAAAAAUUAAAACCAAAAAUGUCUUAAAACAAACGGAAAAAUUAAAUAAACAUCAUAAACCAACGUACGACGAUGCUUAUGCGCAAAUCGGCUCUCAAGAUAUUAACAUAAAACGAAGUCGAAAAUUUGCCAAAAAAUCAUUAACAAAAUUAUCGCGCGAUAAAAAACAUCAUGUCCACCACUCACAUUCCCUUAAAAAGCAAUAACCAACUGAAACAUUUGAAAUUUUUAACUUCUUUUGGUUGUUUGUUAUCAUAAAAAUAUUCUAAAUGAUACAUACACAAAAAAAAAAUUUACGGCUGUGGAAUGAACCUCAGUUUGUGGUUAGUUAUUGAAUAGAAUGCAGCCAUCACUUGUAGCAACAAUACCAUCACUUGUAGAAACAAUACGGUAUUUUGAAAGAGAAUAUUGGCUUCAUAAUUUUUUUAAUAUUAGUAACAUAAUUUUUCCAUUCAAACACAUUACAGAAAUAAACUUCAAAUAUAUUUGUACAAAAUUUGUUUAACAGUUUAUUCUUUAUAACAAAUUAACUUUUGUAAA